AUGUCGAGGCUCGCGGCCGCCGCCCUCCGCCGCGGCGUCACCGCAUCGAGGGAUCCCACCUCCUCUCUCUUGGUCGUGUCCCCGCAGGUGUCCGCUCGGCUCUUCUCCGCGGAUGCGUCCGGCGAAGCCGCCGCCACGGUCGCAGAGUCGCAGGACGACUCUUUCCUCAAAGCAUCCCGCGAAGGAUUGGCCUAUGGAAGGUUCUACAGCGUCAUUGGUGGAGGCAAUCGUCUUGAGAAGAACAUGUUGAAAACUGACAUUAUCCAUCACCUUGACAGAUGUGGAUUGUCAUUGGAUGAUGUGAAGAUUGAUUACAACAACAGAUAUGAUCCAUUGGCCGCUUUGUUGAGGUUUUCUUCAAAGGCAAUGUUUACCACCGCAAAUAGGCAAACAAGUCAGAAUCGGGUGUACAGGAUUGAUGAGAUAAGUCGUGAAGUAUGGGAUCUCAAAAAGCCCUUUGAUGGGAAAACUGUACUAUUGCAAGGAGUCCCACGAAAUGCCCUCCCAGAAGACAUAGAGCGUUUUUUGUGUGGCACGAACUUUGAACCUCCAUUUGAAAGCUUUAUAAGAGCUGGUGUCCCAGAGCCCAUAAGAAUGGUGCUGGUUAAAUUCCGCACAAAGACUGAUGCGAUGAAUGCCUUCAUUACCAAAAACAGGGGUUUCUGUCUGAACAAUCAAGUUAGCAUGCGUGUCCUUCAGUAA